UCCCUCUUUCAGAGAGGAGGAGUUAUUCAACUGUAAAACCGGCUUCUAAACAAACGAGGAGGUGGCUGUGAGUUGCUGAGACAAGUGGGAGACAGAUUUUAAUAAGAGAAUUCAGGAGACUGCAUCAUGGCUGGGAAGCCCAAGCUUCACUACUUCAAUGCACGAGGCAGAAUGGAGUCCAUCCGCUGGCUCCUGGCUGCAGCUGGAGUUGAGUUUGAAGAGCAAUUUUUGACAAGUCCAGAAGACUUGGAAAAGUUAAGAAAUGAUGGGUCUUUGAUGUUCCAGCAAGUGCCCAUGGUGGAAAUCGAUGGGAUGAAGCUGGCACAGACCAGAGCCAUUCUCAACUACAUUGCCGCCAAAUACAACCUGUAUGGGAAAGACAUAAAGGAGAGAGCCUUGAUUGAUAUGUAUUCAGAAGGUAUGGCAGAUUUGAAUGAAAUGAUCCUGCAUUUGCCACUAUGCCCACCUGAUCAAAAAGAUGCCAAGAUGACCCAGAUCAGAGAGAGAACAACAAAUCGUUAUCUCCCAGCCUUUGAAAAGGUGUUGAAGAGCCAUGGACAACACUACCUUGUUGGCAACAGGCUGAGCAGGGCUGACAUUCACCUGGUUGAACUUAUCUACUAUAUUGAAGAGAUUGACCCCAGCCUAAUGGCCAACUUCCCGCUGCUAAAGGCUCUGAAAACCAGGAUCAGCAACCUCCCUCCUGUGAAGAAGUUUCUGCAGCCUGGCAGUCAGAGGAAGCCUCCCAUAGAUGCGAAAGCACUAGAAGAAGCCAGGAAGAUUUUCAAGUUUUAAAUAAAGCAUCAUGGACGCCCAGCACAUGCAGGAACAAUCUUCUGAAGUUUUCUGAAAAUCAAUGAUGUACCUCUACCUAAGUGUAGAUCCUGGCUGUUGUGAGAAUAAUAAACUUUUCCAAAAUAAUUAAAUCUCUUAUGAGCAGAUUUAGUUAUAGAUUAAUCUUGUUCAUUAAGUUCCAAUAUGUAACCAGAUUUUCAAUCUCCUUCUAUUGCAUUUCUCUUGGAAUUCAAAAUUAAACAAAAAACAGAAAC